GGUUGAUCUACCUAAAAGCAUCCAAAAAGUACCAAGGUGCAACUAAAUCGGUCUACAACUGUUUCCAAACGAAUCCAGCUUGUCCCAGCCUCUGUCCAGACCAAGAUGCCAACCUAGCGCAGAUUCGACUGUUCCCCGGGAGGGCGGCGGGGACCAAAGCUGCACCCGGUUGGGACAAAAUGCGGCUGCCGCGGAACAAGAUCGCCUGGGUCUUAACCGCGCUGCUGGGUGGUAGCCACGUCAAAACAUCAACCCUCGCACUCCGUGUGGUCCCCUACGACCCCUCCGACGGGGAGGACCGAAAGGAGCUCAACCCGCUGCUCCCCGAUGCGAAGACGAACCGGAUCCGCGAACCCAAGCAGUGGGUAUCAAAUGCAAAUGUGUCUGGAAACUUGUGAUGCUGGGUGGCGUAUCAUGAGGAGGCCACACGUGCUGGCUCUGCAUGACAAGUCUCCGAGCUGUUCUAGGUGUUGCCUAUUCCGCAUGACGAAAAUGCGCUUCUGCUGCAUGACAGAAAAGUGGCGGUCUUGGGUAACUUGCGUGACAGGUUUGAGAGUCAUGCCAGACAAGCAUGACAAACAUGCACUCUACUUCCAGACCCAGACGUAUUUGCACUUGAUAGUGGGGCCGCGGGUACUACAUGGUGGUGACGCCGUAUGCAAGAAAAAAACUGUGUAAGUGUAAAUUUGUGUUGCAGAACAUGCAACAGAGUUACACCUGUCAUGCCAGACAGCCAUGAAGUCCUCUACUCGUGUGUGUUUUCCCUUACUAAGCCACGCAUGACAGGUUUUCUCUGUCAUGUAGAGCAAAUUUGUGAUGCUGUCAACCAAAGAAAGUUACACGAACGCAGUUUUUUUCUUGGAUACGCCGAAGGGAAUUCCGCUCCUGAACCCGCGGUGGUUGCCGGACAAGUCCGAGAUUCCGCCGUAUAUCAAAUGUAAAUAUGUCUGGGUCUGGAAGAAUGCAACUUGUCAUGCUGCAUUUGGAUUCCAGAAAAAUCUGUAUUGCAUGAGUACCAAAAGGAAUGUAAUUUUUGCUACGCGGAGAGGGCAUUUGUCAUGCGGAAUAGGCAUCAAGAAGCUCUGAGAAAAUCUGUGAUACUAGGGCAUGCAUCACAGACAUCAGGGCUCAUGCAAAACGUGCAUGACAAGUGUCAGAAUGUUCCAGACCCAGACACUUUUACAGUUGAUACCGUACGAACAGAAAAAAAUCCCGCCCAACAACAAAGUGGACGAGUUUAAGUUUGAGCAGGGGGAUGUUUUCCAGGCGAAACUGGAGUCCAUACGGAAGAACGGGGAGGACAUCCAGCGGUACUUGCGGAUCUCAGAACCCUUAUGAGAGUGCACAACUCCCCUGUCUCCCUCAUUUGUCAUGCAAAUCACCUAAUUUACGCAUGGGCUCGUGGCACUGUUUGCAUGACAAGUUCUGGCAGCCCAAAGAGCACUACACGCCUGUCCAUAUGUGUCAUGCAAAACCUGUAUUCUUGCUGAGUCAGCAAGAAUACAGCAAUAACAUGCAUGAACAGCAAUACAAGCGUCAGCAGCUGACGCUUGUAUUGCUGUUCAUGCAAUUACACAAAUGAGGGGGAGUUGUGCACUUUCAUAACUCUGCAAGGCCUGGGUGCCGGUGUUUGAAUCGAUGGGCGGGGAGCCGAUGAUCAAGCGGAUUGUGGAGCACGAAUUUGUGGAAAGGGGGAUUCCGGUGCAUUUCCGCCUCCCGGCCAACGAUCUCGUCGAGGGUGAAACGCUUUACGAGCGGAAACUCCAGGAAGAAGCAAAACCGGAGGAAGAGCACGUCACGCAGCCGAGGAAAAUCACGACGGAAAAGGUGCCGACCGAAUCCGACCCGGCGUCGGAAACGGAGAAAAAAGCAAAUUCCAUCGUCGUGGAAGAAGCGAAGGAAGUGGAGAAAAAAGCAACGGACAAGUGGAAGAAAAUCAUCAUGGCGAAAAAGAAACUAAUCGCCGAUGCGAAAGAGUCGGGAAAGCCGAUUUCCAAAGUCAUUGAAGAAGCCAAGCCGAAGGUGGAAACGAAAAAGACUUUGACCACGGAAGAGAAGAAAAAGGACCUGAUAGUCCCCCCUCUCGGGAAGCCGAAGGCGAAUAACGCGGGUGGGGCGAAGGAGAAACCAGCAGAGGCGGCUGAUGCCACGGGAAAAGCGAAAGCAGAAGCGAAACCGAAUAUUAAAUCAGCCGCCGUUACAUCAACAACUGAAGCAGUUGUUCCACCGCUUCCACCUACCACCCUCGUGCGGACGCAAACCCCCGUGCCGGUUAUCCAGGACGUAAAUUGUCUGAGUAAGAAAUGCGAAAAGGGGUUUGAGUGCGUCAACGGAUUUUGUGAAAAAGUGCCGAAUAUCAAAUGCAGAAGUGUCUGGGUCUGGGAGAUUGCGAGACUUGUCAUGCUAGUCUGGCAUGACUCUGAACUCUGUAUUGCGUGGCCGCGAAGCGCUCCGCUUGCCUGUCAUGCAAAAACGCAGUUUCCCAUGCGGAGUACGCAACUCAGAACCACGGCAAAACUUGUCAUGCUGGGCAGCGCAUUACAGUGUUUCCGCUAUUCCCUUCCUUACAUCACAAGUUUCCAGACCCAGACAUUUUUACAUUUGAUACCGAAUCGGGAGCACAGUUUGUGCGUCGUUCACGAGUGCUACUGGAUCCGGCAGCAGGGAAGGGCUUCUGCUCCGCCACCGCCUCCGAAAGUAGACGCAGCUUCUUUGUUCUUUCUGCAACACAAAUACAAGUAUCACGACAGACAUCUGCAAGACCCUUCGUCGCAAAACAAUACUGCGAAAAAUAAUGCAGUAAAAAAUGAAACCGCAUCUACUGCUCCCCCCUCAGAACCGCCGGAGCAGCCCACUUUGACCGCGCCGAGAACGCAGUUUCAGAACCACACCGAGGAGAAGUUUGUCGUGAACCACGCUCCUAACGCAACGACGAUGACGACAGACCCGCACGCAGCGAUUGGAUUGACGAAUGACACCACGAAACUGUCGCGGAAAGCGCUGAUGAAGAAGAAAACCGCGGUGGACCACUGUUCGAAGAUUUUCGAGAAAGCAGAUUGCACCGCGGCAAAAACGGAUGGGAUGUGCAAGUGGAAGCAAACCGAUGCGCCGGCCUGGUUCCGGAUCGAGGAAAAGGAGACAGUCGAGCCGGAUAUAACCCGCUCAGUGUGUUACAAUCCCAAACGUUACAAUGGAAUCUGGAAUUUGUGUUGCAAGCAGUGCAUUCUCUAACCAACUCGCAUAUGAUUGCGCAUGACAAGUUCUGGAGUCCCAAUCCGCCCUACAGUCUGGAGAAAUUUGUAUUGCAAAAAGUGGAAGGCUGGCCGAGUUUGUCAUGCUCAUCAUGCAAUACAAAACCCAGACUCUAUUGUAACGUUUGAGAUUGUAACGCUUGAGCAGGUCAUACCGGAGUUCGAUUGUUUCGGGUAUCCGAAGGUGCCGGAUUUUUGAUUUUGUAGAUUCUAGUAAGCUAUGCAUUGCAAAUGUGUCUGGGUCUGGAAAGGUUGAACCUGUGUUGCGUGUAUCGCAUUCCUAGAAAAUCUGUAUUGCAUAAGCAGCAAAAGUAGCACCGCACUUUCGUCAUGCGAAAUCGCAGUUUGUAAUGCGUGCUGCGCAUGAGAAAGCGUUUGAAAUAUUUGUCAUGCUGCACUGCGCUUCAAGGCGCGCCCAAUCAUGGCCAUUCAGCAUUGCGAGUUUCCAGACCCAGACAUAUUUGCAUUUGAUAGAAGCAGCUGGGAAGUUCGAUUGUUUCGGGUAUCCGAAGGUGCCGGAUUUUUGAUUUAGGAUAUUCUAGUAAGCAAGUGUGAGGCUGGUUUGCAAAUAGAACUACAGAUGGACUAUGAGACAGUGAUUUUUUUUUUCCAGCGCACUGUGUGCCACGUGAAGUAGAGCGUGACAGUGUGGGUCGCAUAUUUUUUUAAGAAAAUUAUCCACAGAACCGGCACGAUAGGCCUUCUUGCCGCGUGCAGGCUUUUCUCGAGAACAAGUGUUGGAUAUUGAAGUUGGUCACCAGCGCGGCCGAGCUGAGAGGAACCACACGAGCGCGAUGUGAGAAGAAAGCAAGAUCACUGUAUGCUGAAAAAAGAAAUUUUAUCGGUCGUGAAGAUAAUGUAUGAAUCAGAUUCAGAUGAUAAGUAGCUUUUGGUAUUAGUAAAGUAAGAUGUCAACAAUCAUGCGUGCAGCUGCGAACGUGAAAAUGUAGA